AUGUCCGACUCCCGCCCUCCCAAUCUCAUGGUGCCCGCCUCCCUUGACGCUGCCUCGCCAGUGUCAACGCAUGCUCAUGGCUCUCCCAGCCGCCUUUCCAGCGAUGCUGCAACCCGUCUGCACCAAACUGUAGAGGCCGACACCGACACACCCUCGCAGCCGCUGCGCCAGAAGACCUCCUCACUCCGUCUUGCGACUGCUGCUGCGCGGGGAAUGGUCAAAGGACUGUUCAACAUCGGCGGGAAGCUGUCUGCCGCAGGCUCAAGUGAACAUGCAUCGCCCCCAAAGUCGCCGUCAACGACAAGUUUGGUCAGUGCCAAUCUCAGUGUAGCUGAGUCCGAGGAGGAGGAAGAGUAUAUCUACAACAUCAAUGAUGCAACUGGCCCGCAGCAGCUACCACCGUUGGAGGGUGGCCGCGGACGCAGGUUUAGGCCGGUGUUGAAGAGGAAGGUUUUACCAGUGGAGUAUACGGAUUUCCCGCCGUUUGAUCCCCCGGAAGGGAGUGAGAGGAUGGUUGCGCCGGCAGACACAGAGACUCCAUCGUCGAGUCGUAGCAGUAGUCGGGAGACUAUCUUGAAUGUGGGACCGUUGGAAAGAAAGGGGAGUUGGAGGGGGAAGUACAACUACCGCAGGGUCAGGCAGAUGAGGAGCGACACGUCCGAUUCAGGGAGGGACAAUAUAAAUACUCCUGUAAAAGUAGAACCAAAAAUAGACAAGCAGGAACAGAAACCACCAAAAUCCCCCGCGUCACAAAAGCUCCCCCAGAAACUUCGCUCAAGAAACCUUAAUACUACGGAGGUUGCCAGCUCCAGCCCCUCCCCAGGCCGUAAAAGGAAUAUCUCCAGUCGCACCCCAUCAGCUCCCCGCGCAGUGGCGGACCCGCGCCAACGGCCCUCCUCCCCCGCUAGCAUUCUCAUGCACGCACCUCCACCCUCACGCUGUACCUCAACCUCUUCCCUCCCAACUCUCAUCUACGAGUACGCCCCUUUAAUGGAUAACUCGUCAUCCACAUCCAUAAAUAGCAAUGGGCAGAUCACCUCCCUCUCCCCCGUGACCUAUAAGCUCCCCGUCACCGAUGGUUAUGUUAGCUUCCCGCCCUUUAUUUCAAGAAAUUGUUUUUCCCGCGGCGCCUCGCGACUUGGAAGAAUCUUGGGUGGAAACCGCAAUGCGAGUACAUCGAGUCUGCCUGAGACCUUAGAGGAUAAUCAGAGCGGCUUCAGGAGGACACUCAGGUACUUGGAGCCAUUGAAGAGACGCUCUGGAAGUAUUUCGACGUUUGGAACCAACUUUGAGAACGCGUCGAUUGCGGAGUCGAUUGAUGGGGUGUCCGUUGCUGAGUUGAAUGGGACAUUGGCGUUGGGGCGGUAA